UUAGUGAAAAUUUGAUCAACGAUCUGUUCAUGUAUGACUUUACAUUUGCUUCUGAACACUAAGAGAUACAAGUUUCUUAUUUUGUAUUAAAAAAUAACACAAUGUUGGCAAAAAUAAUUUUCGUCUGUUUCCUGAUGACUGGUGUCAUGUCAAUUCCUAAGGAUGACCACGAUACCGAACUUCUCAACACAAUCCUGGGAUCUGGAACAAAUAUGUUAAAAGAAUUUUCAAAACUAACCACAGAUGACGAUAGAUUCGCUUUGGACUUGAACGCUUUGUACAAAAAAUACGAAAUCGCAUCAAAGGCUGAACAAGCAAGAAGCUUUUUGCAAACACAGUUUAAAAGAGGAGCUGAACUCACUAAUGAAUACAUAAAGAAGGCCGAUAUUGAAAGUGAAGAUCAGUUAAAGAAAAGUAUUGAUAUAAUUAAAAAGGAAGACUCCGUAUUAGGAGAUAAAUUAACUAAAUUCUACGAAAAGUCCUGUGACUUGGACAGAGUAUCUGAAGAUAUUAUCAAGUACGUAUUGGACGCAGAUAAAAUUAAUGGUGCAUAUGAGAAGGCCAGGACUGCACUUCGUCCACUAGAACACAAAUUGGCUGAAUCAGUCAAGAAAUUCGAGACUAUCGUUCUUGAACAUCUGCCAAAGAAGGGAAAGAACUAAGAAUAUUUCAACAAAAACUUCAACUUUCAACAAUUAAACAAUAUAAUACCUAGUUAAUGUUUUCAAUACCGUAGAUACUAGGUACUAUUACAUUUAAGUUUAAAAUAUUUAUGUUAAUUAUAACACAAAAAACAAAAACAAAAACAAUACGUAAUAUAUUACAUGUUAUAUUAUAGCAUCAAAAGUAAUUAAUUAAAUGUCAUAUCUUUCUUAACUGAUUAUCUAAUAAAAAAAAUAAUUCACCUCCAAA